CAAAACGCUGAACGCAGUACAGCAUCUGAGGCGGAGAUGACGAGGAAGAAGCUGUCAAAACACUGCAAGGCCGUACGAGUCGGCGUUUUAACAUGAAGUGGUCAGGCUCAAAAUUUGCACCUUACAUCUACCGCCUAUGUUGUUGAGGAGCAUGUAAAUCUCUGCAAUGUCUCAGCCUGAGCUUCCCAACCCGAGCCCCUGGGGCUUGUCUGAGUUUUUGGUCCAGAAGAGGCUUCUUGGUUUUGGGGCACUGCUGGCCUGGAUGCUCUUGUUCCACCUCCUGGUCAAUGUUUGGCUCCUCUGUGUCUUCACAAGCCUCUUAGUGGUCUUAGGCGGUUGGCUGGGUUCCAAGGCUGUCCUGGACUCGGACAGCGUUUUUCAUCUGGAGCGUUUUUUUAAGCUGGAGGAGAUCCCACAUAGUGCAGAGAGCGAGCAACAACUGGAAGAUGAAAUCCAAAAGACAGUUGGCAAGAUCAUACGUGACUUUGUCACCUCAUGGUACGCCACAGUUUCCAGAGAACAGGAGUUUGAGGAUGAGGUGCACAAUGCCAUGAUCUCCAUGGCGUUGGAGCUCAAGGGUAGAGCGGCAAGGGUCGACAGGAAAGCCUUAUCCCAGAGGGUGUUCGAUCUAUCUGGAUGCCACCUUCAGUGCUACUUGAGUGCCAAGGAAGGACAAAAGGUGGAUAAAGAUGGAGAUCUCUGGAAGGCGUACAGCAAACUCUGCCCACCUCAUCUUGCUCUUCAGAGCUCUGCUGUCGAGGUGAAUUACGUACGGGCCAUUGUAGAUCUCCUUCUACAUGCUCUUGUACCUCCUCCACAUUUAGAAACCCGAACAGGUCGAUUUGUGGUGGGCGAACUUAUCACGUGCAACGUUCUUCUGCCUUUAAUUACAAAACUGUCCGACCCAGACUGGCUAAACUUGUUGAUUGUAAGCGUCUUCACUAAAUCCAGCGAACCAACCCCAGAACCAAAGCCAGUAGAAGUUCAGGCUCCAUCCCAGGUUGUAUAUACUCAAGAAAACGCACCACAAGAACUUAAGGUUCCUUGCGUUCUGACCCUAAAAGUCAUCCCAGAGAUGCCCACAGUAACGGAGGCCCCAACGCCAGAACUAGCAGCUUAUGAUGUCAUCGAUUCCACUGAACUUUAUUCCCCACACAACCUGGAGGAAGACGAACCACGGCUGACAAAGCCAUUUCCGUUGGGUUUUAGCCCCAGAGAUUAUUUGCGACUCGGCAAGCCCAAUCCGUUCUAUCAAGAAACAGACUCUGAUUUGGAAUCCCCUCUGACGGACUUCAAGCGGAGCUCUCUGGAAUCGCUGGUUCUGAUUGGCACAGAGGAGACCCUUUCGGAAAGACUCAUCGAUUGCACCACUCCAGUCGACACUCUGUUAGAUCUCGAGGAUGAACUUCCAACUUACACUAAUUCAAUGGAGAAGGAGCUAUCGGUACAUUCUGCCGGUGUGCCCGUGGAAGAGUCAUCUGGACUCUUUUGCACUCUUCAACCAUUGGAGAAAAGUAACUCGAGCGUAGACCAGCCUGGCCUGGUGAACCCCAGUGAGCUGGCUUUGACUGCGCCCACCCAGGUCUCUUCACCAGCUGGGAUGGCGUCCCUGGCACCUUUCAACUUCGAGCCCCUCGGCAGCCCAGAGGGUCCUGUCAUUAUCCAGAACCUCCGCAUCACUGGCACCAUCACUGCCAAGGAGCACAGAGGCACUGGCUCACAUCCCUACACCCUCUACACUGUAAAGUAUGAGACAGCCGUGGACUCGGAGAAUCCAGAAUCUUUGCAGCCCUUUGCCUAUCACACUGUCAACCGACGAUACAGUGAAUUCCUCAACCUUCAGACCCGUUUGGAGGAGAAACCAGAAUUACGCAAAAUUAUUAAAAAUGUGAAAGGACCAAAGAAAAUCUUUCCUGAGCUUCCAUUUGGAAACAUGGACAGUGACAAAGUUGAGGCCAGGAAAGGUCUAUUGGAGACAUUCCUUAGACAACUUUGUGGCAUUCCUGAAACGGCCAACAGUGAGGAAAUGCAAGAAUUUCUCGCUCUAAACACUGAUGCAAGAAUUGCCUUUGUGAAGAAACCUUUCAUUGUUUCACGCAUUGACAAGAUUGUGGUGAAUGCUAUAGUGGACACCCUGAAGACGGCCUUCCCUCGCUCGGAACCACAGAGUCCUACUGAUGACAUGGAUGCAGAGCCUGAUGGGAAAUUGUCCACUGACAAGAAAUCCAAGUCUAGAAUGAGGUUCUCUAGUAAAAUUUCCCCUGCUCUCAACGUAUCUGACAUGAAACCCAAAGUGCUUUACUGCUGUGAUGAAAGCAGCACUAUUUUCAAUGGUUUCUCGUUGAAUGGAUUGGAGAGCUUCAUCUCUGAGAAGGAGCGAUUCGAGGUUAACGCACCAGGGUUUGAUGGUGAUGCAGAAAGAAGCGGAGCCCUGGGACCCAGAUGGGAUAUGAAAACCUGCACAUGUACCAAAGCACAGUUACAGAUUGAACCUGCCUUCUGUGACUCUGUUAGUGAGACGGCUCUGUCUGACCAGGCCCUGAAUAUCCUGUGCGUGCUCUUGAAGGAUCAGUGGAGCUGGCUCUGCACAGAGAACAUCCAGAGGACCAUCAGACUGCUAUUUGGGACCUUCAUAGAAAGGUGGCUAGAGGUGGGUGUGGUUAACCUGACCUGUACGCAGUAUUGGGUGAUUUAUCUGCGGGUACUGCAGGAGGCCAUCUGGCCUGGAGGAAGUCUGCCGGCUCAACCCCGACCCCAACGCAGCCCGCAGCAGAAACAGGAGAGCAGAAAACAGGCUCUGCAGUGCCUUAUGAAACUACUGCCAGAUCUGAUUUGUGAUAUGCUGGGCUCUGAGAAGUACAAGAUAUCUUGGCAGACGGUUGUGGAUUCUUUUCAGGACCCCACCAUAAACAGGCAUCUUGUGUACUGCAUCUGGGAUCUGCUAAUCGAAUUUCUUGUCCCUGAGCUGUCUGACGAGGACUUUCUGAAAACACUUCUGCACAGCCUGUCCAAAAAUGCUGAGAAGCUUCCACCAUAGGUGUGUGGAGACAUAAAACCGCUUGCAUACAUACAUACAUACAUGCGUAUCACAUACAAACGUGUGAGGUCCGUUGCAGUGUUAGGUGGAAAUACAGGCAGGAAUAUGCGAUCAAGAAAGUGUGGAUUUUAUUCACUUUAGCCUGUGUCUGGCACCAAUUUGGUCUCCCUGUUUCUGGGACACACUACGCACAUCCGGGCAAGCAUUGAUUAAUGGACACCUGUUUUGUGUUUUAUCAAACCACAAGUCCUAUCUCCAAAAAGCCCUACAUACCGGAUCUGAAUUAGUCGCAAGUUCUCCAACUUUUAUCCACUUUGGGCAAUGCUCUUACAAAUGGACUGCACAGAUCAUUUCCACACCGUCCUAUUACUUGUUUAUGGCCUUUCAGUCUUGUUAUACCUUGAGUUUACACACAUUCCCUCCCAAUGAUUCCUCAGACGCUGUCCCAGUUUGAUCUCUUUAGCCUUCCAUUGGAGGAAAGCCAAUUUUUUUCCUUGAGAUUCCUCUUUGAGUAUGAAAUUUUGUCACAUCUGCUUCUGGUGUCACGGUAAAGUUGUACGUGCUUUGUGUGUUUUCAGCCAAUUUAUGAAGCCUUUAAACAAUGUCACUGUUCACAACUUCUAAUUAAGUGGUUAGAUGCUGACAAGAAUGCCUCUAAAGAAAAGAUCAUGUUGAUUCAUCAAAAACGGCCAGUUUUCAGAACAUUUGUCUUAAUAUUUAUUUACCGCUUUAUUGAAGUAUGUAAGUUAUCCUAAAG